AUGACGCCGGGCGCGAUAUCGGGGCGCGACGACGCGAGCGGCGGCUGGAGCGGCUCGGCGCGCGUACAGCUCGCGGACGUACCCCGUCCUCCGUCCCCGCGAGCUCCCGCGCUCCAGCAGGGAAGCCGAGACGCGUCGUUGAAGAACGUCGGCGAACGUGACGAUGGUUGGGACGAUGAGACGACGACGUCGCGCGGGGUGGGCGCCGCGUGGGGGGACGGAUGGGCGGACGUGGCGUUCGCCAGCCUCGGGCAGGCCGCCGCCGCCUCCGGCUUCGGCAUCGUCGUCGCGUCCCUCGCCGUCGCCACCGAGCGCCGGACGGGCAGCGAGGCGGUCGGAACGCUGGCGCUCGCGGUCGAGAUGUUCGCGCGAGCCGUCGCGUCGCUGCCGGCGGCGAGGCGAGCGAACGCUCGAGGCCGGCGCGAGGUCAUCGCGCACGCGGGUUGCCUCGGCGUGCUCGGGUCCCUCGUCGCCUUCGCGGACUUUUACCUCGACUCGCACGUCCUCUACUUCCUCGGCAUCUCGUUCGUCGGCGUCGCCAACUGCGUCGCGCAGCAGCUGAGGUUCGCCGCCGCCGAAGCCGUCGCGCCCGCGCACAGACCGAGGGCGCUGAGCUUCGGCGUGGCGGGGGGCACGCUCGCGGCGUUCAUCGGGCCGGAGGUGGCCAAAGCCACGCGCACCGCGCUGGCGGAGGAGUUCGCCGCGUGCUUCCUCGCCAUGGCGGGAUGCUACGCCGCGCUCGUCGCGUUCACGUCGCGCAUCCGAUCGGCGGGACCGAGACUGGACGGCGCGGAUGACGCGUCGUCGUCCCUCGCGUGGCCCAGCGCGGAGCUCGCGAGGUCGGUGAACGCGCGCAAGGGCCUCGCGGGGGUGACGUGCGCGUGGACGGCGAUGUUCCUCGUGAUGAGCGCCGCGCCGCUCGCCAUGACGGGCCGCCGCGAGGGCGGGCACUCCUUCGACGAAGCAGCCACCGCGCUGCAGCUUCACAUGAUCGCGAUGUUCCUCCCGGGGCUGCUCGGGACGGGCGACGUCGUCCGAAGGUUCGGGCCGGACGCGGUGUCCAACUUUGGGUGCGCGUUGUACGUCGUGUGCGCCGCGUUUACGUACGCGGCUGUUCCGGACGCAACCGGGCACGGCGAACGGGUUCCGCUGUGGGCUUUUCACGUCCUCCUCAUAAUCCUCGGCCUCGCGUGGAACCUGACGUUCAUCGCCGGGUCCGCGCUCAUGCUGCCCGACGGCGUGGUCCUGGACGCGGCCGGGUCGAGGCGGGUGCAGGGCGCCGCGGAGGCCGCGACGUUUUUCGCCGUGGGGACGGCGUCGGCGAUCGCGGGGGCGACGCUGGGGGCCAUCGGGUGGCGGGGGCUGUGCGCGUGCGUCGCGCCGUUCGCGGUGGGGAUGGCGUGGUACGGGUGGUCGGGGGCGGGUGGGGGUGCCGGGGGGAGGGUUCCGGCGGGGCGAGGGUGCGGGGAUGGGGAUGGAGAUGGGGAGGCGUCGGCGUCGAAGUUUCACCUUCGUAGCGUUUUAUAG